AUGGACGCGCUGUUAGUCCCGCUGUGCAACGCGACAGGUGCAUCGCUGGACCAAGUGAAGCUCAUAGCAUGUCUGCUCGUGUCAUACCCCCUCGGCUCGGUGUUCAUCCGUCUGCCACGAACGCAGCCAGCAUUGAAACACCUGUUCAACAUCGCGGUCUGCACGUUCUACUUCAUCCCUAUGCUGAAUUUGCGGGGCGGGCUCGCGCAACUAUGGCUGGACGUGCUUGGCACGUACAUAAUAGCGGAACGAGUGCGAAGUCCGCGCAUGCCGUGGAUCGUGUUUGGGUUACUCAUGUCCCAUCUGCUAGUAAACCAUUUUGCCCGCGAGAUGUCCGGACUGGGAUACGAAACCUUUGAAAUCACAGGCCCACAGAUGGUGCUCGUCAUGAAACUGUCCACCUUCGCCUGGAACGUGCACGAUGGUCGAAGGCCCAUCUCCGACCUGGACAAAUGGCAACAAAAGAAGCGCGUGACGGCCUACCCCUCCCUCCUUGCCUUCCUCGGGUAUGCCUUCUACUUUCCCGGCGCGCUCGUCGGCCCCUACCUAGACUUCGCGUCGUACGCCGCUCUCGUCGAUGGCUCAAUCUACACCUCCAUCGAGCGCCACCACGUCGAUAAGGUGUCGCGCAGGGCGGUGCCGUCCGGACGGAAGCGUGUCGCGUAUCGCAAGCUCGCGACAGGCCUCGCGUGGCUCGGGCUAUAUGUGGUGUAUAGCGGGAAGUACAACUAUGGGGUCGGCGUGCAGGACUGGUUCGCUCAGAAACCGUUCUUGUUCAGGUUUCUUUAUUGGCAGGUCUGCGGCACGAUGGAACGCUCAAAGUACUACGCACUCUGGAUGAUGACCGAGGGCGCCGCGAUCUUCACGGGACUUGGCUUCACGGGCUACAGCCUGACCGGCGCCUCACAGUGGGCCGGCGCGUCCAACGUGGACGUGCUCCAGAUCGAGUUCGCGCCCAACUUCAAGGUCUUGCUCGAUUCGUGGAACAAGAACACGAACGUCUGGCUGCGCGAAUGUGUGUAUAAGCGCGUCACGCCGAAGGGGAAGAAACCCGGGUUCCGGUCGAGCAUGAUGACCUUCGGCACGAGCGCGCUAUGGCACGGGAUCUCGCCGGGUUAUUACCUGAGCUUCCUCUUCGGCGGCUUCGUGACGACCCUGGGCCGUCUCUGCCGCUCACACAUCCGGCCUCUACUCCUCCCCGCUCCUCGAUCUCUCUUGAAGACGGUUUACGACGUCCUCGGCACCGUCAUGGCCGUCUCGCUGUGCAACUUCGCGACGGGGCCUUUCAUGCUCGGCACGCUCCCGCGCUCGUUCCGAGCGUGGUAUAACCUCGAUUUCUACGGCGUCGUCGUCGUCGGCGCCGGCUUGGCGUUUUUCUGGUCUGGAGGAGGCGAGAAGUUGAAGGCGGUGCAGGCGAGGAGGGUCGGUACGGCCGCGGCUGCCGUUCAGGCGAAGGGGGAGGAUGGAACGACGACGUCGUACCAGGUGCCGUCGGUGGAUGUGGGGGUGAAGGAGGUAGAGGCCCGCGUUAGGCGGCAAAAUUAA